UGUCACAUACACUAUUUGUCUCUUUUAUUCUUUAAAUAAGAAUUUUUUCAAAGUCAAGCUUCUUGACUUAAUUGACUAUCUCCAUUUCUCAGGUCCCUGAAAAUGUUUUGUUAAGGUCAUCAUAUUACAUUUUAAUGAUUCUUUUAAGUCCUCAUUUUACCGGAAAUCAGCAGGCGAGUCUCUCCUUUUGGAAGAGCUCUUUUCUUUUCCCUUCCCUAGGUUAUCCUACCUCUCAUCAUUUUGUCUUCAUUCUGGAUAUUCUUCCCGGGAUUUCUCUUUAACACUGAUGUCUACAAUGAAUUGUAUCACUGACUCUCUUUUUACUCAAUCAACUUGCCAUUGCAUUAAAGAGUCCCAAGUAAAAACCUCCAAAUCCAACUCUUCUUGAAGCUCCAGCACCAUGUAUUAUUAUAUCCACCAGCAUGAUUUCUAAGUCUAAUUAUGCAAUCCCCCUGGACUGAGAUCUGUGGUGGUCAUUCUCAGUUUAUAGGCUGAAGCCCACAUUUUUUGGCAUGGCAACCAAGGACUUCCUCUGACCCACCAUGCCUGUCUUUCCUGCCUCAUAUCCUGGGACCCCCUCCCUACCCACCUGCAAUAUGCAUUCUGUGCUCCAAUAAUACACAUUCUUUUUGGGGGUUUUUGAACACAUAAAAGGCUUUUAUGACCCCCAGUGUUUGAACACAUCUUUCCUUCUAUCUAGAAUGACUUCCCUUCUCCUGUGUCUGGCCUGGGAAAUGCUUACUCCUUCCUCAAGAUCCGAUUCAAUGAUUAAGUUUCCGAAGCCGUUCCAAACAAGUCUUAUCUUCACCAGGCAAACCAUUCAAUAUCACAGUAAUCCAAGUCUAUACCCCGACUAGUAAUGCUGAAGAAGCUGAAGCUGAAAGGUUCUAUGAAGACCUACGAGACCUUCUAAGACUAACACCCAAAAAAGAUGUCUCUUAAUUAUAGGAGACUGGAAUGCAAAAGAGGAAGUCAAGAGAUACCUGUAGUAACAGGCAAGUUUGGCCUUAGAGUACAAAAUGAAGCAGGUCAAAGGCUAACAGAGUUCUGCCAAGAGAACAGUGAACUGGUCAUAGCAAACACCCUCCUCCAACAACACAAGAGACAGCUCUACACAUGGAAAUCACCAGAUGGUCAAUGCCGAAAUCAGACUGAUUAUAUUCUUUGCAGCCAAAAGACAGAGAAGCUCUAUACAGUCAGCAAAAAUAAGACCAGGAGCUGAUUGUGGCUCAGAUCAUGAACUCCUUAUUGCCAAAUUCAGACUUAAAUUGAAGAAAGUAGGGAAAACCAUAGAACAUUCAUGUAUGACCUAAGUGAAAUCCCUUUUGAUUAUACAGUGGAAGUGACAAAUAGAUUGAAGGGAUUAGAUCUGAUAAAAGUGCCUGAAGAACUAUGGAUGGAGGUUCCUGACAUUGUACAGGAGGCAGUCAUCAAGACCAUCCCCAAAGAAAAAAAAUGCAAAAAGCAAAAACAGUUGUCUGAGGAGGCCUUACAAACAGCUGAGAAAAGAAGAGAAGCUAAAAGCAAAGGAGAAAAGGAGAGAUAUACCCAUUUAAAUGCAGAGUUCCAAAGAAUAGCAAGGAGAUAAGAAAGCCUUCCUCAGUGAUCAAUGCAAAGAAAUAAAGGAAAACAACAGAAUGGGAAAGACUAGAGAUCUCUUCAAGAAAAUGAGAGAUACCAAGGGAACAUUUCAUGCAAAGAUGGGCACAAUAAAGAACAGAAAUGGUAUGGACCUAACAGAAGCAGAAUAUAUUAAGAAGAGGUGGCAAGAAUACACAGAAGAACUAUACAAACAAAUUGUCAUGACCCAGAUAAUCAUGAUGGUGUGAUCACUCACCUAGAGCCAGACAUCCUGGAAUGUGAAAUCAAGUGGGCCUUGGGAAGCAUCACUGAGUACAAAGCUAGCAGAGGUGAUGGAAUUCCAGUUGAGCUAUUUAUUUCAAAUCCUAAAAGAUGAUGCUGUUAAAAUGCUGCACUCAAUAUGCCAGCAAAUCUAGAAAACUCAGCAGUGGCCACAAGACUGGAAAAGGUCAGUUUUCAUUCCAAACCGAAAGAAAGGCAAUGCCAAAGAAUGUUCAAAAUAUUGCACAAUUGCACUCAUCUCACACGCUAGCAAAGUAAUGCUCAAAAUUCUCUAAGCCAGGCUUCAACAGUAUGUGAACCCCGAACUUCCAGAUGGUCAAGCUGGAUUUAGAAAAAAGCAGAGGAACCAGAAAUCAAAUUGCCAACAUCUGCUGGAUCAUCAAAAAAGCAAGAGAGUUCCAGAAAAACAUCUACUUUUGCUUUAUUGACUACGCCAAAGCCUUUAACUGUGUGGAUCACAACAAACUGUGGAAAAUUCUUAAAGAGAUGAGAAUACCAGACCACCUGACCAGCCUCCUGAGAAACCUAUAUGCAGGUCAGGAAGCAACAGUUAGAACUGGACAUGAAACAACAGACUGGCUUCAAAUAGGGAAAUGAGUAUGUCAAGGCUGUAUAUUGUCACCCUGCUUAUUUAACUUACAUGCAGAAUACAUCAUGAGAAAUGCCGGGCUGGAUGAAGCACAAGCUGGAAUCAAGACUGCUGGGAGAAAUAUCAAUUACCUCAGAUAUGCAGAUGACACCACCCUUACGGCAGAAAAGUGAAGAGGAACUAAAGAGCCUCUUGAUAAAAGUGAAAGAGGAGAGUGAAAAAGUUGGCUUAAAACUCAACAUUCAGAAAACUAAGAUCAUGGCAUCUGGUCCCAUCACUUCAUGGGAAAUAGAUGGGGAGACAGUGGAAACAGUGAGAGACUUUUUUGGGCUCUGAAAUCACUCUGAAAUCCAGAUGGUGACUGCAGCCAUGAAAUUAAAAGAUAAUUGCUCCUUGGAGGAAAAGCUAUGACCAACCUAGACAGCAUAUUAAAAAGCAGACACAUUACUUUACCAAAAAGGUCCAUCUAGUCAAAGCCAUGGUUUUUCCAGUAGUCAUGUAUGGAUGUGAGAGUUGGACUGUAAAGAAAGUUGAGCGUGGAAGAAUUGAUGCUUUUGAACUGUGGUGUUGGAGAAGACUCUUGAGAGUCCUUUGGACUGCUAAGAGAUCCAACCAGUCCAUCCCAAAGGAAAUCAGUCCUGAAUAUUCAUUGGAAGGGCUGAUGCUGAAGCUGAAACUCCAAUACUCUGGCCACCUGAUGUGAAGAACCGACUCACUGGAAAAGACCCUGAUGCUGGGAAAGAUUGAGGGCCGGAGGAGAAGGGGACAACAGAGGAUGAGAUGGUUGAAUGGCAUCACUGACUCGAUGGACAUGAGUUUGAGUAAGCUCUGGGAGUUGGUGAUGGACACGGGAGUCUGAUGUGUUGCAGUCCAUGGGGUUGCAAAGAGUUGGACACAACUGAGCGACUGGACUGAGAUGAUAUCACUCUAAUGGCUGAAAAUGAGGAGGAACAAAGAGUCUUGAUGAGAGUGAAAGAGGAGAGUGAAAAAGCUGGCUUAAAACUCAACAUUCAAAAAACUAAGAUUAUGGCAUCCAGUCCCAUCACUUCAUGGCUAAUGAUGGGGAAAAGUGGAAAUAGUGGCAGAUUUUAUUUCCUUGGGCUCCAAAAUCACUGUGGACAGUGACCACAGCUAUGAAAUUGAAAGACACUUGCUCCCUGGAAGAAAAGCCAUGACAAAUCCAGACAGUGUAUUAAAAAGAAGAGACAGCACUUUGCCAACAAAGGUCCAUACAGUCAAAGCUAUAGUUUUUCCGGUAGUCCUGUACGGAUAUGAGAGUUGAACCAUAAAGAAGGCUCACUGCUGUGAAGAAUUGAUAGUUUUGAACUGUGGUGCUGGGGAAGACUCUUGAGAGUCCCUUAGACAGUAAGGAGAUCAAAUCAGUCAAUCCUAAAGGAAAUCAAUCCUGAAUAUUCAUUAGAAGGACUGAUGCUGAAGCUGAAAGCUCCAAUAUUUUGGCAACUUGACGUGCAGAGUCAACUCAUCGGAAAAGACCUUGAGACUGAGAAAGAUUGAAGGUAGAAGGAGAAGGGGGAGACAGAGGGUGAGAUGGUUGGGUGGCAUCACUGACUCAAUGCACAUGAGUUGAGCAAACUGUAGGAGAUAGUGAAAGACAAGGAAGCCUGGCGUGCUACAGUCCAUGGGGCUGCAAAGAGUCAGACAUGCCUUAGCCACUGAACAACAAGAAAACAUAAAUGAGUAUAACUUAGAAGGAUUUCUCCCUUAUGAAAAAAAAAACAAAAAACAAAUCCUUAUAAAAAUUCUGCUAAAAGUGUAAUAGAUAAAAGGUACAAGAACAUAAGCUACUAGUGUAAUGGGAGCAAUUACUUUUGAGAGGCAUUAAGAACUGACAUUAAGAACUAUUAUGCUUUUAUGGUUUCUAAGUGUAUGCUUUAUAUAUUGCAAACAAUUACAAUUUUAUAGUUGCACCAAUGUCAAGUUAUUAAAGAGAUGUUAGAAAUCAUAUCUGGUCUGAUUAAACCUGCUGCAACCUGUUAGUGAAAGUAUUCAUGUUAUAUGAAAAUGAUUUUAGUAGGUAUAUUUCUAGCAACUAUAAAAAUAUGUGAAGACAGUCUACAGAAUGGGAAAACAUUUGCAAACCAUAUAUCUGAUAAGGAGUUAAUAUCCAAAAUACAUAAGGAACCCAUACAACUCAGCAGCAAAAAAAUCCAAUUAAAAAAAUGACCCAGCUCUUUUGUCUAGGCUGCCAACAUGCCAUCUAGACUAAGGAAGACCUGGAAACUUAGGGGUCAUGUGAGCCACGGCCACGGCCGCAUCGGCAAACACCGGAAGUACCUGGGAGGCCGAGGUAAUGCUGGUGGCAUGCAUCAUCACAGGAUCAACUUCCACAAAUAUCACCCAGGAUACUUUGGGAAAGUUGGUAUGAGGCAUUACCACUUAAAAAGGGACCAGAGUUUCUGCCCGACUGUCAACCUUGAUAAAUUGUGGACCUUAGUUAGUGAGCAGACACGAGUAAACGCUGCCAAGAACAAGACAGGGGCUGCUCCUAUCAUUGAUGUGGUGCGAUCAGGUUACCACAAAGUUCUGGGGAAAGGAAAGCUCCCAAAGCAGCCUGUCAUCGUGAAGGCCAAAUUCUUCAGCAGAAGAGCUGAGGAGAAGAUUAAGGGUGUAGGUGGGGCUUGUGUCCUGGUGGCUUGAAGCCACAUGCUGGGAAAUUCAUUAAAUGUUAAGUGCUUUUCAAAAAAAAAAAAAAAAAAAAUGACCCAAAACUUGAAUAGACAUUUUUCCAAAGAAGAUAGAUGAAAGAUCAACAGGGACAUGAAAAAGUGUUCAACAUUAUUAGUCAUUGGGGAAAUCCAGAUUAAAACCAAAAUAAGAUGUUACCUCAUGCCUGUCAGAAUGGCCAUCAUCAACAUAUAAGAGAUACGAAGUGCUGCUAUGUGUGUGGAGAAAAGGAAACGCUUGUGCAUUAUUGGCAGGACUGUAAAUUGAUACAGCCACUACAGGAAACAAUAUGGAGAACUCUCAAAAAAUUAAAAAUAGAACUACAUAUCACCAGCAAUUCCACUCCCAGGAACAGAUCCUCAGGAAAUGAAAACACUAACUUCAAAAAAUAUCUGUAGCCCAAUGUUCACAGCAGUGUUAUUUACAAUAGCCAAAACAUGGAAACAAUCUAAGUGGCCACUGAUGUAUGAAUGGAUAAAAAAGUUGUGAGACACACACACGCAUACACACACAAUGCAGUAUUAUUCAGCCAUAACAAAUUAGGAAAUCCUACCAUUUGGGACAACAUAGAUGGACCUUGAAGGCAUUAUGCUAAGUAAAAUAAGUCAGACAGAGAAAGACAAA